UUCAAACAGUUGCGGCCGUGAGGCGCUAGUGAACGUUGCUCGCGAGUGAAAGAAAAUUUUGAAAUUUGAAAAAAUCAAAACAAAAAUGAAAUUGAUCAGCUUGAUUUUAGUUUGCCUGGCUGUGGCCAGUCAAGGGCGUGUACUGCCCACUGAGGAGGAGCUGCAGGCUAUACCCGUUACCGUUGUAGAGUAUAAGCCAGAGCAACAGGCCCUUGAACAGCAGCCGCAGGCAUUGCCCCUCAUCAAAGAGGCAGAGGAACUGCCAAAGUCAGGGGAAAGGCCAGCAGAAGAGCCUGUAAAAGCAGCCGCCGAGCCAGAAGUGAAAGAAGAAGUGAAGAAGCCAGUCGAGGCAAAACCUGAGGAGGAGAAAUUGGAAGAGCCGGCACAGCCCAUUCUGAAGGCUUUGCCAGCUGUCGACACCGAUACCGAUAAGGAGAAGGAUCCAAAUGUUGAUCCUGUUGUCGAGGAGAAUGCUCAAGUUCAGGAUGGUCAUUUGCCGCAUGUACGUCAAGUUACCCAGGCCACGCCCACAGUCCAGCAGAGUACUACCCAGCAGAAUUUUGUGCAACAAUUGAUACAAAACUCACCAAUUGGCCAAUUUUUGAAUCAAUUCCAAGGACAAGGACAACAACAGCAGCAGCAACAGCAACAACAACAAGCUGAUUCGCCCGCAACUCCUGCACCAACAGUGCCAGGAUUCUUGAAUCCUGCAGCAGCCAUCACCUCGGCCCAGCAAGCCGUACAGAAUGCUGCCCAAUCGGUGGUCAAUUCAACAACUCAGGCCUUCCAGGGUAUCCAGCAAUUCGCCAGCAAUUUGGGCAAUCAAUUCCAGAAUACACUCUCCGGUCUAACCAAUCCCAAUCAAGCCAAUCAGGAGGCAACUACCCCCCGUCCACCAGGCCCCAUACAAUCGUUUGUCAAUAAUGUCUUUGGUGGCAACAACAACGCCUCAGCUGCCCAGCAACAACAGCAGCAGCAGCAACAACAACAGCAGCAAGGACCACUGCAGGGUAUUAUCAAUUUCCUGGGCGGCAAUCGGCCACAGAAUUCACCUAGUCCAGUUCCGGCUGCUCCCAUCACCGAAGCCCCUGCUGAGAAGCCUGCAGUGGACGAUAAAAUAGAUCCGGCCAACGAUGAGAUAGCCGAACAGUCUUCCUCCUAUUCGGAUCCCGAUUUCAAUGAGGUACGCAGCAGUGCCGAAACUGGUACAGAUGACUCCUUCGAGGAGGCAGUGCCCUCCAAUGAGGUGAUUGUGGUCAAUGAUGAUCCCAGCGGUGAUGUUGCUCCCGACCAGCAACAGCAGCAGCAGCAGCCGGCAGCAGUCGCCGUUGCUUUGUAAACUCCGAGCAGAGCAGAGCGAGAGAGACUUCUGAGAUAGACAGACUGAAGCCCAAUUUUAUCGCCGUCCAAAAUUUGUGUGGAAAGAGAGAGAGUGAGA